GUUGAAAACACUCGCUCAUCUUGACCACGCCAGGAUUUUCUCGCUCUUUUCUGCUUUCGCCCUCCUCUUCUUUCGAUUGUUUUACGACGAUUACAGUCAUAUUGUGAGCCGCCCAGUCUGUCACUCGUUCAUGCCGCUGGGAUAGGUAGUGCAAUGCGGAGCCACGUCUUCCUAGGCUCCGCGCUUUUGGCGGCCUUGUCAAAUGCCAGCCCGCAUAUUUACUAUAAACCUUCCAGGCAAUGAAACAUCCAUCCCGACAACUUCGAUGAGCUCUUCGUUACAAUCUUCAACUUCUUCGAUAUCGUCCUCGCAAAGCUCAUCUCUGACCGGGUUGGGAAGCAGCUUUAGCAGCUCCGGCAGCUCCAGCAUCUCAUCCUCUUUGUCUUCCGGCAUCCCAUCCUCUUCGUCUUCCAGCAGCUCAUCCUCUGUGUCUUCCAGCAGUUCAUCUUCUGCGUCUUCCAGCAGCUCAUCCUCUUCGCCUUCCAGCAGCUCACUUUCAACAUCCUCGUCCCUGCCAAUCUCUUCGAAUUCAACCUCGUUAUCUAUAACGUCAAUCCCAAGCACCACAUCUUUCAGCAGUUCUUCUAGCUCUCUGGCUGCCUCGAAUUCCUCGUCAUUGGUCACGACAAACGCCACCACCCUAUCACCUACUGGAUGCACAGGCUGUGUUCUUGAGGCUUUGUACCCAACCACCUUGUCCUUUCCGAAAGAGGAAACAUCAUUGUGGACCUAUACCACGGUCACGCAAACCGUUCUUACUAUCUUCAUCACUUUCAAGGAUGACGGUGGUGUUACUAGCGAAGUGAAGACGCUGAAUGAGACGAAAACUGUUAUUGGUCCUGCCAAUCAAACCAUCGUACAUACAACUCCUAUUUUCACAUGGAUACCCGAGGACGGCAUCACGUUGAGCUUUGAUGCUGGACGGACAUAUGUUGCGUUUACUAACAUCUGGGGAGGGCUAGACUUUCUGCCCACUCCAACCGGAGCCCCUGUGACAGCGGGGACCCUUCCGAUCAAUGAACCGGCACUAACCUGCGAUAAUGAAGCUUCUUAUCUAUCCAUCCAGCCUACCAAUGCAGAGCAGUAUAGCUCGUUCAUCCAGACGUUUUCGACAAAUCCGAAUCUGCCUGAGUACACGGCCCCGCUUCCACCUGCUAUAGUUGAAUUUCUCAACAAUGAUCCAUCCAUACGGAGCGUCUUCCACUCGUCAAAUCUCGCAACCUGCACCGUUCGCUCGACCUCAUUUCCUCCACUCGGAUCUAACAGUCCAGUCGAAAGCACAUUUUCUCCCCUCCCAACUUUUGCAACCUCCACUGGCCCCAAUUUUCAGACUCCUAGCCCACCACCCGGGACUUCUGCAUUCUUUUCUUUGAGUGUUCAACCCCCAGAAUCCCCCCCGCCGGGAUUGACCAAGACAACGAGUACUUAUCUCAGCACGAUUCUUGUUCCAACCGAAAGUCAUGUCACACGAGACGGAUGCCUACGUUGCCAGACAGGGGCGGUUCCUGUUGCUCCCACACAAAACCCACCUGAACAUACAGAUCCGCCACAUCCUCCAGAGUCACAUGGAGACCCUGGAGUGCAUCCGGAAACACAAAAGGAUCCGAACAUAAAGACCCCAGAUAUCCCAGGAAUAAUAGCCUCUAUUCUCAAUGACCCACACUUCACUCCAAGCCCACCUGAGAAACCAGGACAGUCCAUUACAAUUGGCGAUAGUGUGAUUCAAGUUCAUCCUGCUCAGCCAACGCAGCCUGGUCAGCAGAAUCAACAAUCACCUCAAAAUCCUGGCGUAGUGAUCGGGUCCGAAACUCUGGCUCCAGGACAGAAAACUACCAUUAAUGGAGUGGUGAUCUCUGUGCCCACAAAUGGUGGGGGCUCUAGCCUAGUGGUAGGAGGGAGCACGAUCGGAGUGAACCCUGUAGCACCAACUGGACCUCCGGUACUUACGGUUGGUGACAACACUGUUACAGCAAAUUCUCAAGGACAAUUCAUUAUUGGGUCCCAGACUCUCACCCCAGGUGGACCCGCAAUCACCGUUGGAGGAAGCACGUUGAGCAUUGGACCAAGUGGAACCAUUGCUGUGGUGAAUGGCGUAACGCAGACCCUUGGAAACGUCCCUCUCAUAACAGGUGCUCCAGUGCUCACCGUGAACGGCCAGACCAUUCCAGCAACUGUCGUUGGCGGGUCGACAAUGUUUGUCCUCGGUGACGGUCAGACUUUGACUGCCGGCGGCACCCUUGUUGUUAGCGGAACAACGUUUAGCAUGCCUGCUGAUGGUUCUGGUUCUCGAGUUGUAGUCAACGGAGUAACGCGGACUCUUAAUAACCCCCCUGGUCUUCCUGUCCUCACUCUCGGUGGCCAGUCUCUCACCGCGUCCGUAAACAGAGGAACGACGGAGUUCGUUCUAGGUCCUGGCCAAACCUUGACCCCUGGCGGCUCCCUUGUAGUCAGUGGAACAACAUUUAGCAUGCCUGCUGAUGGUUCUGGCUCUACAGUUGUUAUCAAUGGCGUAACUCAAACUCUCAAAAAUCCAUCUGGUCUUCCUGUUCUGACUCUCGGCGGUCAGUCCCUCACCGCAUCCGUGAUUGGGGGAACGACGGAGUUUAUCCUUGGACCCGGCCAAACUCUUAAGCCUGGAGGGGUACUUACCGUGUCUGGAACCACAUUCUCGAUGCCAGAAUCAGCAUCUGGAUCUGUUGUCGUAGUCAACGGCGUGACAUCCACUCUCGGACAAGGUCCUAUUACCGCAUAUCCGGCGCUCACAAUCGAUGGAAAGACUUAUUCGGCGACGAUACGAGAUGGAACUACAGAAUAUGUGCUCGGACCUGGAACGACACUUAAACCCGGGGAAGCUGUCACCAUCUCCGGAACGACGUACUCUCUUGACGAUAAGGGAACCGCACUUAUCAUUAAUGGAAAAACAAGCACGAUCCCGAAGACGCCCGCAAGCAAUAGCGCAACUACAACGGGCUCGGGUUCAAGGAGUGAGAGCACCAGCGGUAGUUCGGGGUCGAGUUCAAGCUCCUCGUCGUCGACAACUAGCCAGCGUGAACCAGGCAAUUUCAUCGCAAGUGGCAUUGGUAUCACCAGCAAGAAGGGUGAUGGGGUUGCGUUAAGAAGAGGUCUGGAUAAAUGGGCAGAGGGAAUUAUAAUAAGCUUGGCAGGCUGGGUUUUGAUGUUCUUGUAAUGAAUAGAUGGGAUUUAUGGAUUUCUGUUUUGGCGAUUUUAGAUCGGAAUAUGGCAGUACGAUUUUGCAUGAAGCGCGGCGUUUGGAGAAGGAAUUUAAAACUAAUGGGGACAUGACAGCAACAGAACAAGCUGUCAUAGAUUUGGGAUGGGCGGUUUUGCAUAUGACCGUGUACGCCUCAUUGAUCCAGAAGUGGGUACGAGGAGAUGACGUGCGCGUAGCGUAGUCUCAAGUCGGGAUAGCUAAAAUUUAAGUAGUCAAACACAAGUUCGUUGAAAUUGGAAGUGCUAUGCCACCUUCCAGCCUUCUUGAG